UAUAGUAAAAGGGAUAUUCUGGUAGGACGUAUGCCUACCAUUAGUUCUGAAUACUGGUGAGGUUUUGAGGGCAAAAUGGCCGUGAUGAUUGGAAUCGCUUUCAGAGUUUCUUGGCUUUGUUGCCUGCUAAUUGGAGGGAUAACGUGUUCUAUAUCAGAAGGUAAUUUGUCUCCGGCACUGGAUUCAAAUGCAGCAUGGCUCUAUGCAGGAUCACUUCAGUCUCUAGGAUAUGGCAAUUAUAAUUCUCCAAAAUCUCAAAUGCAAGCGCAACAGAAACAUCCGGCCGCCAUCCUUCGGAAGGAACUGGCCCCCAUGUCCCAGCAACCUCAGCAAGUGUGGUAUCCAGCUCAAAUUCCCCUGCAUCAGAAGCAACCGGCCGCAGAAGCUCAGCCGCAGACACAACCGACAACUGUGCCCCAGCAAGUGUGGCAUCCAGCUCACAUGCUGCAGCAGAAGCAACUGUCCGCUGUGCCCCAGCAAGUGUGGCAUCCAGCUCACAUGCUGCAGCAGACGCAACCGUCCGCCGUGCCCCAGCAAGUGUGGCAUCCAGCUCAAAUGCCCCUGCAGCAGAAGGAACCGACCGCCGUGCCCCAGCAAGUGUGGCAUCAAGCUCAAAUGCCCCUGCAGCAGAAGCAACCGACCGCCGUGCCCCAGCAAGUGUGGCAUCCUGUUCAAAUGCUGAAGAAGCAACCGACCGCUGUGCCCCAGCAAGUGUGGCAUCAAGCUCACAUGCUGACUCAUAAGCAACCCACCACCGUGCCCCAGCAAGUGUGGCAUCAAGCUCACAUGCUGACACAUAAGCAACCGACCGCCGUGCCCCAGGAAGUGUGGCAUCAAGAUCAAAUGCUGCCACAACCACCGACCGCCGUGCCCCAGGAAGUGUGGAAUCAAGCUCAAAUGCUGCCGCAACCACCGACUGCUGUGCCCCAGCAAGUGUGGCAUCCAGCUCAAAUGCCCCUGCAGCAGAAGGAACCGACCGCCGUGCCCCAGCAAGUGUGGCAUCAAGCUCAAAUGCCCCUGCAGCAGAAGCAACCGACCGCCGUGCCCCAGCAAGUGUGGCAUCCUGUUCAAAUGCUGAAGAAGCAACCGACCGCUGUGCCCCAGCAAGUGUGGCAUCAAGCUCACAUGCUGACUCAUAAGCAACCGACCACCGUGCCCCAGCAAGUGUGGCAUCAAGCUCACAUGCUGACACAUAAGCAACCGACCGCCGUGCCCCAGGAAGUGUGGCAUCAAGCUCAAAUGCUGCCACAACCACCGACCGCCGUGCCCCAGGAAGUGUGGCAUCAAGCUCAAAUGCUGCCACAACCACCGACCGCCGUGCCCCAGCAAGUGUGGCAUCCAGCUCAAAUGCUGCAGAAGCAACCGACCGCCAUGCCCCAGCAAGUGUGGACUCCAGCUCGCACACUGCAGAAGCAACCGACCGCCGUGCCCCAGCAGGUGUGGCAUCCUUCUCAAAUGCCCCUGCAGCAGAAGCAACCGACCGCCGUGCCCCAGCAGGUGUGGCAUCCUACUCAAAUGCAGCUGCAGCAGAAGCAAACGACCGCCGUGCCCCAGGAAGUGUGGCAUCCAGCUCGCACACUGCAGAAGCAACCGACUGCCGUGCCCCAGCAGGUGUGGCAUCGUUCUCAAAUGCCCCUGCAGCAGAAGCAACCGACCGCCGUGCCCCAGCAGGUGUGGCAUCCUUCUCAAAUGCCCCUGCAGCAGAAGCAACCGACCGCCGUGCCCCAGCAAGUGUGGCAUCCUGUUCAAAUGCUGCAUAAGCAACCGACCGCAGUGCCCCAGGAAGUAUGGCAUCCUACUCAAAUGCCCCUGCAGGAGAAGCAACUGACCGCCGUGCCCCAGCAGGUGUGGCAUCCUUCUCAAAUGCCCCUGCAGCAGAAGCAACCGACCGCCGUGCCCCAGCAGGUGUGGCAUCCUACUCAAAUGCACCUGCAGCAGAAGCAAACGACCGCCGUGCCCCAGGAAGUGUGGCAUCCAGCUCGCACACUGCAGAAGCAACCGACUGCCGUGCCCCAGCAGGUGUGGCAUCGUUCUCAAAUGCCCCUGCAGCAGAAGCAAAUGACUGCUGUGCCCCAGCAAGUGUGGCAUCCUGCUCAAAUGCCCCUGCAGGAGAAGCAACCGACCGCCGUGCCCCAGCAAGUGUGGCAUCCAGCUCAAAUGCUGAAGAAGCAACCGACCGCAGUGCCCCAGGAAGUAUGGCAUCCUACUCAAAUGCCCCUGCAGGAGAAGCAACUGACCGCCGUGCCCCAGCAAGUGUGGCAUCCAGCUCAAAUGCUGAAGAAGCAACCGACCGCAGUGCCCCAGGAAGUAUGGCAUCCUACUCAAAUGCCCCUGCAGGAGAAGCAACUGACCGCCGUGCCCCAGCAAGUGUGGCAUCCAGCUCAAAUGCUGAAGAAGCAACCGACCGCAGUGCCCCAGGAAGUAUGGCAUCCUACUCAAAUGCCCCUGCAGCAGAAGCAAAUGACUGCGGUGCCCCAGCAAGUGUGGCAUCCAGCUCAAAUGCUGCAGAAGCAACCAACCGCAGUGCCCCAGGAAGCAUGGCAUCCUACUCAAAUGCCCCUGCAGCAGAAUCAAACGACUGCCGUGCCUCAGCAAGUGUGGCAUCCUGCUCAGUUUCCCCAGCAGAAGCAACUGGCCCCGAUGCCUCUACUGCAGAAGGAACCAACCACCAUAGCCCAGCAACCUCAGCAGGUGUGGCAUCCAGCUCAAAUGUCCAAGAAUCGAACAACCACUGAACCUCAGCAGAAGCAAACAUCCACCACGCCCCAGCAAGCGUGGCAUCCAGCUCAAAUUCCCCUGCAGCAGAAGCAACCGGCCACUGAACCUCAACAGAAGGAGCUGACCGCCAUGCCCCAGCAAAUGUGGUAUAGAGCUAAAAUGCUCCAAAAGGAGAAUCAUCUGGCCGCCAUUCUCCAGCAGCCUCCGCCCGUGUGGCAUCCAUCUAAAUUUCCCCAGCAGCAGAAGGAACUGGCCGUCGAGCCCCAGCAGCAGAAGGAACUGGCCGUCGAGCCCCAGCAGCAGAAGGAACUGGCCGUCGAGCCCCAGCAGCAGAAGGAACUGGCCGUCGAGCCUCAGCAAGUGAGGUAUCCAGCUCAAAUGGCCCAGCAGCAACUGGCCCCAAUGUCUCAGCAGAAGCACUACGAAAGCACUGAAGAUGCCUCUGGUAGUUCUCAGGCCAGCAUCGUUGAACGGUCAGGUGUCAUCCCAAGCUCUUCCUACAGUUCCAAAUCGCACAAGAAUGGCAGAACUGUUUUCUCCCAAAUCAGCUACACUCCUAGGGAGGCAAUGCCUGUUGACAGUGGAAAUGCUCCCAAGGACGGUUACGUUAGCAUUGGUGCACCAAGCAUAUAUUUAACACUAGUGAAGGAUUCUGCAAGGGAAAUAUAAUGGAUUCAUCCUCUAGAAGCUCUAAUGACCAGGAAGUUGCUGGUGCUCUUGCUACUCUAGUGUGAUGGAAUCAAUAAACAAUUUGACUUUAAAAAA